AUGGCGCAGAAACCAUCCAAACUCGUGGAUAACGACCAGAUUUAUGCCGCAAGCCUCCACAAUCCUUUACCCCUUUUUCUUAAAGCAUAUGUAUGGCCUUUCACAAUUCUAUGGCCGAUCUUUCUGGCCUUCUACUUCAAUGAGGAUCUCUACGACGAAUACAUCGAUGGCCAAGAGUGGACGUUCGUUUGGAUGGCCACCAUCAUCACACUCCAAUCUCUAACUUGGCUCUCGACGAAAUGGAACGUCAAUUUAGACACUACAUUUACCACGAGAAAUGCGACCAAUGUUGAAGACGCAGAGCUGAUCAAGAUUAUCCCUAUGGUGAACUCAGGUGCGCCUGCCAUCUGCAAGCUGGAGAAAGAGCGAGAUGGGAGGACGUCGUUCCUAUUCCAGAAGAGACGGUUUCUAUACUCGCCUGAGAAGGGGACUUUUGCGCCAUUGGCCUAUGUACUUGAUGCCGAGGAAAAGCCUCUUCUCCGCGACUUUCAACUAUCCAAGGGUCUCACCUCUGAGAGCGAAAUCGAGACGGUUCACAAACACUAUGGUGACAAUACCUUUGACAUCCCUGUCCCUGGAUUUGUCGAAUUAUGGAAGGAACAUGCGGUGGCGCCAUUCUUCAUCUUCCAAGUCUUCUGCGUUGGCCUCUGGCUGCUUGACGAUUACUGGUAUUACUCUCUUUUCACUCUGUUCAUGCUGGUGGCUUUCGAAAGCACAGUUGUCUGGCAGAGGCAGCGAACUUUGAAUGAAUUUCGAGGAAUGAGCAUCAAGCCCUAUGACAUCUGGGUGUACCGCGUGAACAAAUGGGUGGAAAUCAAAAGUGACAAAUUACUCCCUGGUGAUCUGGCAUCGGUGGGUCGAACUCAGGAAGAUUCUGGCGUUGCGUGCGAUAUGCUUCUGAUUGAAGGAACGGCCAUUGUGAACGAGGCCAUGCUCUCCGGAGAGAGCACACCACUGUUGAAAGAGUCCAUACUGCUUCGUCCAGGAGAUGCAACAAUCGAGCCGGAAGGCCUAGACAAGAAUGCUUUCCUGUGGGGAGGUACUAAGGUGCUGCAAAUCACCCACCCAGCUGCCAGUGAGGACGCGCCAGAAAGUAUUCCAACAGUGCAAUCCGAUGUGCCUCCCCCGCCAGAUAAAGGGGCCAUGGCUGUCGUCCUGAAGACCGGCUUCGAAACAAGUCAGGGCAGCCUUGUGAGGACCAUGAUUUACUCCACCGAACGUGUCUCGGCCAACAAUGCUGAAGCUUUAUGGUUCAUUUUGUUCCUGCUCGUGUUUGCACUAGCAGCUUCCUGGUACGUUUGGCAAGAAGGCGUGAGGAAUAACAGAAAACGGUCCAAACUCCUUCUCGACUGCAUUUUGAUCGUCACAAGCGUGGUCCCACCCGAAUUGCCAAUGGAGUUAUCAUUGGCUGUCAAUACCAGUCUUGCGGCGCUCAGCAAAUUUGCCAUCUUUUGUACGGAACCAUUCCGGAUACCAUUUGCCGGACGUGUGGAUGUUGCUUGCUUUGACAAGACGGGAACCCUAACAGGUGAAGAUCUCGUCGUUGACGGCAUCGCGGGUCUUGGAUUGGGCAAAGAGGGCGUUGCCGCGGAAGCAGAUGGUGCUCAAUCUACUAUCGCCAAGGUGCCGGACUGUGGCGUCUACACUACCCUUGUUUUAGCGACCGCUCAUGCUCUCGUGAAGCUCGAUGAAGGAGAUAUUGUCGGUGACCCAAUGGAGAAGGCCACCUUAACCGCUCUCAACUGGACUUUGGGCAACAAUGACACUCUAACGAGCACUCCGCCGCCGAAAUCCAAAUCCAAAAAACCUGUUUCAACAGCAGCGGCAUCACAUGUCGUCCAAAUCAAACGACGUUUCCAAUUUUCCUCCGCUCUGAAGCGCCAGAGCUCGGUGGCUGUGGUUCUGAUGACGGAUCCCAAGACUGGACGAAAGGGAAAAGGCACUUUUGUUGGUGUGAAAGGUGCCCCCGAGACCAUUCAAAAAAUGUUGGUUCAGACACCGCCCAAAUAUGAGGAGACCUUCAAAUACUUCACCCGAAACGGAGCGCGGGUACUUGCUCUGGGCUACAAAUAUCUCUCGACCGAAUCCGAACUCGGCCAAAAGCGCAUCAACGACCUGAAACGUGAGGAAGUUGAAUGUGAUCUACAAUUUGCUGGCUUCUUGGUUCUUCAAACCCCAUUGAAGGAAGACGCAAUAAAAGCGGUUCAGAUGCUAAACGAAAGCAGCCAUCGAGUUGUGAUGAUCACUGGAGACAAUCCUCUCACUGCAGUUCAUGUGGCUAGACAGGUCGAGAUCAUCGAUCGAGACUGUUUGAUUCUGGAUGCCCCAGAGCACGAUGAUUCGGGGACGAAAUUGGUCUGGCGUAGCGUUGAUGAGAAAGUCAUUAUUCCGGUUAAUCCAUCAGCGGAUCUUGAUCCUAAGAUUCUCGAAACAAAAGACUUGUGUGUUACCGGAUAUGCCCUUUCCAAAUUCACCGGGCAAAGAGCUUUCAACACUUUACUUAGAUAUACGUGGGUGUAUGCAAGAGUAUCACCGAAGCAGAAGGAAGAAAUUCUCAUCGGACUGAAAGAUCUAGGCUACACCACACUGAUGUGUGGUGACGGAACCAAUGAUGUUGGUGCCCUGAAACAAGCGCAUAUUGGUGUUGCCCUACUCAAUGGCUCUCAAGAUGAUCUCAACAAGAUCGGUGAACACUUUAGAACAACAAAGAUGAAGGAAAUUUACGAGAAACAAGUCCAGCUCAUGAAACGAUUCAAUCAACCUCCCCCACCGGUUCCAAUUGGCAUCGCACAUCUUUAUCCACCAGGUCCCAGCAAUCCUCAUCACGAGAAAGCCAUCAAAGCUCUAGCAGAGAGAAGAGGUAUCAAUUUGGAGAAUGGCGAUGCAGAAAAUGGAACCAUUGAGACCAUCACUUCACCAGGAGCCCAAGCUAUACAGCAAUCGAACGCAAACCUCACUCCUCAGCAAAGGCGACAGGCAGAAGCGGCGCAGAAAGCGGCAGGCUGGGCCGACAAAUUUACGGCUUCCAUGAUGGAGAAUGAGCUUGAUGAUAAUGAACCACCCACAAUCAAGCUAGGUGAUGCUUCCGUUGCAGCGCCUUUUACCAGCAAGUUGGCCAAUGUCAUCGCAAUUCCAAACAUCAUUCGCCAGGGACGUUGCACUUUGGUCGCCACUAUCCAGAUGUACAAGAUCCUUGCGCUGAACUGCUUAAUCAGCGCCUACAGUCUGUCCGUCAUCUAUCUCGCAGGUAUCAAAUUCGGUGACGGGCAAGUCACUAUCAGCGGCAUGCUGAUGUCUGUGUGCUUUUUGUCCAUUUCUCGGGCCAAACCGGUCGAAGCUCUGUCCCGAGAACGACCUCAACCGAACAUCCUCAAUGCAUACAUCCUCGGAUCCGUCCUCGGCCAGUUUGCCAUCCACUGUGCCACCUUAAUCUACCUCUCCAACGUCGUGUACUCGAUCGUGCCGCCAGCCGAAGAAAUCGACCUGGAGGGCGAGUUCGAGCCAUCCCUCCUCAACAGCGCCGUCUACUUGAUGCAACUGAUCCAACAAGUCUCCACGUUCGCCAUCAACUACCAAGGCCGCCCUUUCCGCGAAUCCAUCCGCGAAAACCGCGGCAUGUACUGGGGCUUACUUGCUUGUUCAUUCGUCGCUUUCGCUGGCAGCACCGAACUCAUCCCCGAACUCAACGAAAAGUUGCGUCUGGUCCCUUUCACAAGCAAGUUCAAGUACACGUUGACCUUGCUCAUGAUUGCCGAUUACUGCGGGUGUUGGGUCGUGGAGCAGAUCUUCAAGUCGCUGUUCUCGGAUUUCAGACCUAAGGAUAUCGCGAUUAAGCGGCCAGAUCAGAUCGAGAGGGAUGAUCAGCGUAAGAAAGAAAGGGCGGAAAAGGCCGAACAAAAGAGGAUUGAAGAAAUUGAGCGGAAGAGAGGUGUCGCGAAUAAUACGGGUCCGCCUAUGCGGAGGUCGUGA